UAAUAGUGAUGUAUAUAGACUAUAUUAGUUUUUGAAUCUUCUCAAUUGCACUAAAAGUAUUCAACACUCACCGUCGUCCCUGUGAUGAUGUUGAAAAUAUUUAUAUUAUGUUUCUCUCCGCUGUUACUGGCGGACGCUAAUUCAGAAAUUGGACCCUUUCAUAGAACUAAGCCGGAAUUGGUUUCGACGUCAACAUCUUAUUCGAAAUCACCAGCAUAUAAGCAAGAACUAAAACCAGCGCACAGCGAUCCGCAUGACUACUUACAUAGAAAUAACAGAUACAGGAACACCAAUCCUGUGAGGAACCUACGUCAUGAACGCAGUACACCCAUACCAACGACCUAUCCCAUUCCUGAGCCGUAUUCACCAACUGAAGUAUCAAGCAACUCGGAGUUUCAAAAACAACGAAUAAAUUAUCAAAGUUCACUGAAGCAUCCACAAGCUGCAGACAACUCUGAAUCUCACCAUCAUAAAGAAAUACCUUCACAAAGCGAAAUUGAUAUCAAUGUAAAUAAAGAUGUCAAACAAGCAGACAUCAGUCCUGUAUACGCUGAAAUUAAGGCACCGUUUCCAUCCAGCUUUAGUACUCCAGAAAAGAAGUUAGAAGCGGGAAGUCUUGUAUUACCAAGCACACCAAAACCCGUGCACAUUCGCCCUGCCCGUCAUCGCUAUCAACCACCAACAACUACAACAACGCCGAAACCACCAACAACAAAACCACCAACAACUACAACAACAAACCCACCAACAACUACAACAACAAAACUACCAACAACUACAACAACAAAACCACCAACAACUACAACAGCGCCGAAACAACCAAUAUUCAUCAAACAGUCACAAGCCGACGUAUAUCCCGUAUUUGAGGAUAAUAGACACACGGAUAUUGGGCCCUACCACAGAAGUCAACGUUCACCGAAUUCAUGGGAUCUGCCCGUUCGUAACACGUCGAAUCAUGAAGGCUUGGAUUACUUUACAUGUCCACAGGAAUAUGGCUACUUCAUAGCAUCUAACCGUUGUGACGAAUACGUCGAGUGCAAGAAUUAUGUGUCAAUGAUGUUCACCUGUCCCGAGGGAUUACAUUUUAAUCCUCUUGCAAAAUGGACAGAUUACCCCUGUGUUCACCCGUCAGUGGCGAAAUGUAACCCAGCUUCCAUAAUUCGGAAUCCAUCUACCACAGCGGCUCCUAUUGUAACUACUCCACAUCCUGGAAGGUUCUCCGUUGAUUUCACGUGUCCACAACCAUACGGAUAUUUCGAGCAUUCUGAACAGUGUAGCGAAUAUUUUGAAUGCAAGAAUUACAAACCAAUACCAUACGCAUGCCCUCUGGGCUUGCACUUCAAUAUACAUGUGGAUUGGACAGACUAUCCCUGCGACCAUCCUUCAAAAGUGCAAUGUAACAAAGACCAGGAUACUACCAAUCAGCCUACUACCCAACCUGCACCUAUUGCCGUAUUGGCUGAUUAUUAUUGCCAGGAAGCGAAUGCGUAUUACUCUGUUGCUUCAAAAUGUGAUGAAUAUAUUGAGUGCAAGAGUUAUAUAGCAGUUCAACAUUAUUGCCCAGGCGGUCUUCACUUUAAGCAUAAAGUACAAUGGCCAAAUUCUCCAUGUGACUCUCCUUCAAUAGUGCAAUGUCAUAGAGGUUGGAUAUACAAUCCGAAUCCUACAACUGCAACAACUCCACAAAGUACAACCGUAACAGCUCGGCCUAAACCACCUAUGGUUGUGACAACCCGCCCACCACCACCUACGAUUUUAACAACUCGACCACAGCCACCUACGGUCGUAACAGCCCGAACGCAACGACCUGUAGUUGCAAUAACCCGCCCACGACCACCUACGAUUGUGACAACACGGCCACAGCCACCUACGGUCGUAACAGCCCGAACGCAACGACCUGUAGUUGCAACAACCCGCCCACCUACGAUUAGAACACCACGACCUACCGUUCGAACAACCUGGAGACAACCAACUACUGCUGCACCACGAUAUAGUACGACAGUACCACCAAGGAAGCCAUCCACCACACCGGCUCCUAUUGUAACUACUCCACACCCUGGAAGGUUUUCCGUUAAUUUCACGUGUCCACAACCAUACGGCUAUUUCAAACACGCUGAACAGUGUGACGAAUAUUUUGAAUGCAAGAAUUACAAACCAAUACCAUACGCAUGCCCUCUGGGCUUGCACUUCAAUAUACAUGUGGAUUGGACAGACUAUCCCUGCGACCAUCCUUCAAAAGUGCAAUGUAACAAAGACCAGGAUGAUACAAAUCGGCCUACUACCCAACCUGCACAUAUUGCCGUAUUGGCUGAUUAUUAUUGCCAGGAAGCGAAUGCAUAUUACUCUGUUGCUUCAAAAUGUGAUGAAUAUAUUGAGUGCAAGAGUUAUAUAGCAGUUCAACAUUAUUGCCCAGGCGGUCUUCACUUUAAUCAUAAAGUACAAUGGCCAAAUUCUCCAUGUGACUCUCCUUCAAUAGUGCAAUGUCAUAGAGAACCUUGGAUAUACAAUCCGAAUCCUACAACUGCCACAACUCCACAAAGUACAUUCGUAACAACUCGGCCACCUACAGUCGUAACAGCCGGAGCGCAACGACCUACAGUUGUAACAACCCGCCCACCUACGAUUAGAACACCACGACCUACCGUUCGAACAACCUGGAGACAACCAACUACUGCUGCACCACGAUAUAGUACUACAGUAACACCAAGGACGCCAUUUACCACAGCGGCUCCUAUUUUAACUACUCCGUAUCCUGGAAGGUUCUCCGUUGAAUUCACAUGUCCACAACAAUUCGGCUAUUUUGAGCACACUGAACAGUGUGGCGAAUAUUUUGAAUGCAAGAAUUACAAACCAAUACCAUACGCAUGCCCUCUGGGCUUGCACUUCAAUAUACAUGUGGAUUGGACAGACUAUCCCUGCGACCAUCCUUCAAUAGUGCAAUGUAACAAAGACCAGGAUGUUACAAAUCAGCCUACUACCCAACCUGCACCUAUUGCCGUAUUGGCUGAUUAUUAUUGCCAGGAAGCGAAUGCGUAUUACCCUGUUGCUUCAGAAUGUGAUGAAUAUAUUGAGUGCAAGAAUUAUAUAGCAGUUCAACAUUAUUGCCCAGGCGGUCUUCAAUUCAACCCUAAAGUGAAAUGGCCAUAUUCUCCAUGUGACUCUCCUUCAAAAGUGCAAUGUCAUAGGUCACAACCACCUACGAUUUUAACAACUCGGCGACAGCCACCUACGGUCGUAACAGCCCCAACGCAACGACCUGUAGAUGUAUCAACCCGCCCACAACCACCUACGAUUUUAACAACUCGGCGACAGCCACCUACGGUCGUAACAGCCCCAACGCAACGACCUGUAGAUGUAUCAACCCGACCACAACCACCUACGUUUUUAACAACUCGGCAACAGCCACCUACGGUCGUAACAGCACGAACGCAACGACCUGAAUUUGUAUCAACCCGACCACAACCACCUACGAUUUUAACAACUCGGCGACAGCCACCUACGGUCGUAACAGCCCGAACGCCACCUACGAUUAGAACACCAUCACCUACCGUCCAAACAACCUGGAGACCACCGUCUACUACUAUGACAUCGCGUCCUCUUUGGACCACCAUGUCACCACGAUAUAGUUCCACAGAAACACCAAAUGAUCUCCCUCCAGACUCAAUUCAGUUGUUCGGAUAUAAUUGCCCAGAAUCGGAUGGAUUUUACGCAGUUGCUUCAAAUUGUGACGUCUAUGUAGAAUGUAAGAGUGACAUAGCAAUUCAACACACAUGCCCCGAUGGUCUCCAUUUUAAUUCCAAUGCAAGCUGGCCAGACUACCCAUGUGGAUAUCCCUCCGAAGUAAAAUGCAAGGCUGGAGAUGUUGUUCAGGAGCCACGCCCUACCAACGAGUGCCCGCAUCGUAAUGGAUUUUUCCCCCCAUUAAACGGCGAUUGCGGCUCGUACCUCGUAUGCCACGCCGGUGUUGCCAUUCUCAACCACUGUCCGCCUGGGCUCGUGUUCAACUUCGAAAAAGAUGUCUGUGACUGGCCAGUUAACGUGCCGAGCUGUAACGAGCCUUCAGCAUUAAGAGGAUUCAUCUGUCCUGAGACACCUGCCGAUGCUGAAGAUGGGAUGAUCUACAAAUACAGAUACGGAGGAAGCUGCCGGAAUUUCGUCGCAUGCCAGGAGGGACGUCCUCGGCUGCUAAGUUGCGACGCAGGGCUUCACUUUGACGAGGAUAGCGAAAGUUGCGUGAUAUCGGACCUAGUUACCAAUUGUAACGCGGACUUUUAACGAUAACAACAAAAGCUAUACUUUAACAUCAAUGUUUGUAUCUUAAGUUAGACCAUUAUAGUACAAUCUAAUAUUAUAAAGCUGAAGAGUUUGUUUGUUUGUUUUUUUGAUUGUUUGUUUGAUUGAACGCGCUAAUCUCAAGAACUACUAGUCCGCUUUGAAAAAUACUUUCAGUGAUAGAUAGCCCAUUUAUCGAGGAAGGCUAUAGGCUAUAUUGUAUUUUCAAAAAAAUAGAGAUCCUUCCUGAAACUCAAAUAAAGUAAGGGGUACCCAAGGUGUAUAAAAAUUUUGUUUACAUGGCGUGCGCUGCAAAAAUUAUUGAUGUUACAAUAAAAUAAUGUAUUAAAAUUUUGCAGAACACAUCAUUUUUUACAGAAAGUCGCGACAGCAUAUCUUCUAUUUAUUUCUUCUAUUAGCAGAUAUAGUACCUUUAGUACUUUAAUAAAUUAUUUAAAUCAUAUA